AUUAAAAAAGAAAAGUUUUUAUUAAACUUUGAUUAUUUUGUUACACUUUUAUUAUAUUGCAUUGCUAAUAAAGAUUUUGCUACUUCUCAGUAAUUAUCUUCAACAUUCCUGUUAUCAGUAAAAUUGCCUGAAAGAAAACAUUAUAAAAUUUUUCGAAAACUCGAAUGCGUCCCACAAUCAUGUUCGAAAAUCUUCAUAGUGAAUUUCUAUCCGUCGACAUCAAGAAGUGUUUAUUGUUCGUUUGUAAUUUUUUAAGAGAAAAGUUGAGAAUCUAAGCCAAAAAAAUGUCGGAAAAUCAAACUAGCCCACAAUCUGUCGAGGUUGUGUGUCCAUCCUCGUGCAGCUCAGAAAGUGAUGCAAAUGAACGUCCCGAGACAGACAAUGGCACAAUUUAUUCGCAUGACAGUGGAUUUGAGGGAGAAUGUCAUUCGACAUUGCCUGCAUCGCCCACGACAAUUCCUAGAAAUCGUGUAGGAUCAGCAUCACGUCGCGAUCGUCCCCGUCGACAAAGAACAACAUCAACAAGCCAAAAUACAAUCAGACCGAAUGAAGCAAUUAUAAGAUUCUCAAACAAUCGAACAAUUUACACAGCUGGGAGACCUCCAUGGUACAAUACGAUGGGACAACAAGUUGAACCCUUCAUAAUCGGUAUUUGCGGUGGAAGUGCCAGUGGGAAGACGACGGUCGCUCAAAAAAUAAUUGAAAGUCUUGAUGUUCAGUGGGUGACGUUACUUUCAAUGGAUUGUUUUUAUAAAAUUUUAAAUAAGAAGCAACAUGAGGCGGCGGAACGUAAUGAAUAUAACUUUGAUCACCCAGACGCUUUUGAUUUUGAACUCAUGCUUGAUGUUCUGAAGAAAUUGAAAGAAGGGCGGAAGGUUGAAGUUCCUGUUUAUAAUUUUGUGACACAUGCUCGUGAAGCUACAACGAAAACAAUGUACGGAGCAAAUGUUAUUAUCUUUGAAGGCAUUUUAACAUUUCACAGUGCUGAUGUGCUUAAAAUGCUCGAUAUGAAGAUCUUUGUUGACACUGAUUCCGAUAUUCGUUUAGCACGUCGUCUUAAAAGAGAUAUCACACAACGUGGCCGUGAUCUUGACGGUGUCUUAAAACAAUAUUCAACAAUGGUUAAGCCGUCAUAUUCCAAUUACAUUGCACCAACAAUGGCGCAUGCUGAUAUCAUCGUUCCUCGUGGUGGCGACAAUAAAGUUGCUAUUCAAUUAGUUGUUCAACAUGUAAACACACAAUUACAGUUGAGAGGCUUUAAACUUAGGGAAACUUUGGCACAUUCAGAGACUUUGAAUCAGCCAAUGCCAGAAACUUUACGUUUAUUGCCAGAAACACCUCAAAUUAAAGGUUUACACACUUUUAUACGUAAUGCAAAUACAUCGCGAGAUGAAUUUAUUUUCUACUCGAAUCGCUUGAUACGAUUAGUUAUAGAAUAUGCCCUCAGUUUGAUGCCAUUUAUUGAUGUUAAGAUUGAAACGCCACAAGGAAUUACUUAUUAUGGAAAGCGUAUGGCAAGUAAUCGUAUUUGUGGUGUGAGUAUUCUGAGAGCUGGUGAGACUAUGGAGCAAGCUGUGUCUGAAGUUUGCAAGAAUAUUCGAAUAGGAAAAAUUUUAAUUCAAACAAAUCAACAAACAGGAGAGCCUGAGCUUUACUACUUAAGACUCCCAAAAGAUAUUAAAGACUAUCGCGUUAUUCUAAUGGAUGCAACUGUAGCGACUGGAGCUGCAGGGAUCAUGGCGAUUCGCGUCCUAUUAGAUCACGACGUGCCUGAAGAGAACAUCAUGCUUGUGUCAUUACUAAUGGCGGAAAUUGGUGUUCAUUCAAUUGCUUACGCUUUUCCCAAAGUUCAGAUUGUAACAUCAGCACUUGAUCCGGAGAUUAAUGAUAAGUUUUAUGUGAUUCCUGGGAUAGGGAACUUUGGUGAUCGUUAUUUUGGAACUGAACCAGCGGAUUAUGAUCCAUAAAGAAAGAAAAGAGAAACUUGCAUGUCAUUGUGAUUGCAGUGGAAAGGAACCUUAAUUGUUGCAACGUUCGUUAAUUAUUGAUGGAAAGUCGCUGUUCAUUCUUAUUCACUCAUCAUUCAUCGGUUAUUUUGUUCCCAGUCCAGCCCAGUCCAAUCCAACAAACCUCUUGUUAUUUCAUAAGUAAUGAUGUUCAUUAGAGUUUAACAUUCUUGAGGUUUGAAUUAUUUUAUAAAUUUCACUUUUCUACUUAUGAAUAAUUUUACAGUCAUGUCAAAACAAUUAUGUAAAGUGAGAACAUAUCUGAAUAUUUAAGUUGAAAAGUUUUACAAAACAAAAUGUUGGAAAAUGUGAAAAUUUCUGUAAACGUCACACAUUGAAAGAAAAUCCAUUUUUAAGAAUUUUUUUUUGAAAUAAAAAAGAAAACUUAUUAAAGUA